AUGCCAUACUUGGGUGUGACCCCACUGCCAAUCCUAGGAGCACAAUGGAGAGUUCAGAGCAGGGAGAAGUGGGGGAGGGUGUAGAGGAAGCCGAGAGUGAGGCUACUGGGGUGGAGGGAGACACUCCGGAGUCCCAGGAGGCAUGCAGCCAGGAGCUCUUCUCAAGUCAGGAGGAGGCUAGCCAGUCGCAGCAGCUGGAAGUUGCUGGUGAGGAAGAAGCAGAGGAGCGUGCUCGGGUGACCUUGACUAAUGCAGCCGGAUCACCGGCCUCACGUCGCUUGCAGAACUUGAGAAAAAAUCCACGAAAAUCAAAAGAGGAAUUGAUCAAAGCAGUUAUGAAUCACUACAACAGAGAAAGUAGGAAGACGCAGGAAUGGAGAGAGAAAAUGUAUGAGUGGGGGCAAACAGAAAGCAAGAGAAAGGAAUUGGCUACCAAAAAAACCUCAAAGCACAUGAUAAGCCUCCUGGCUCGCCAAACUGACUCUUUCGAGUCUCUCGUAGCCAUGCAGGAAGAUCUGUACCGUGGUAACCCACAACCCUCCCAAAGCUCUCUUUCUUGUUCCCCAGUAUUUGCACAAAACACCUUUCUCCAGCAGCCAGUUUCUUAUUACCCUCAGCUGCCCCCAACACCUGUACGAUCACCUACCAGCCCUGAUAACCACAAUUCUUACCCUGUGCACUCCACCCCCAUUACUCUGCAGCAUAGUAAUCCUGAAGUGCAGCAGACACUGAACAGUAAUCCAAACAGGACAUAUUCAAACCUCUGA